GUUUGGUUUCUUCUCUCUCAUGGAAAGAGUCUGUUCCUGUUGUGGUGGCCGCCGUUGGAUGAAUCAGAUCUCUGGAAAUGAUCCACUUCUCCGGACAAUUCCACAACAGGCCUUACCCUGAAGUUUUUUUUAAGUGCAAUUUAACCCUAAACUCAGCUAUGAAGAGGUAUUUCAGAUGUUGAGCAUGUUGAAGAGGGUUGUUGCUCCAGAAAAGUACAAAAAUCGGGGAGAAAUCAGUGAGUUUGGGUUUUUGCAAGUUCAGAAUGGAGAUGAGAAGAGGGAGUUCCAUUUCAAAUGAAAGCAGUUUAAAAAUUCAGGGUUCUUGGGUUCCAGGGACACCUUAUAAGCCCAUUCUACCAAAACCGCAGCAGAUCCAUGCAGAGAGACAAGGGAACCAGCUAGGAUGGUUGAAAUCAGAGAGAUUUUCAUCUGGGCUUUCUCAAGAAUCUGGGGCUAAUGUGAGAGUUGUGUGUUACGAUUCAACAAAUUGUGGGAAAUCGGAGAAAAGCAUUCACAAUUGGGAGGGAGCUUUAGCUGGCGAAAUCCAUGUCUCUACCGGCAAUAUAUCAUUCGAAGAUCACUUGGAGUUCACAGGCGCCUGCACUAUGACUCCGAUGGGUGCCUCGGCAGCUAACCAGCUAGAGCCUAGCUCAACAAGUUCACUGUUCGAAGGCCAAGAUAUGCUCAAAUCAAACAUUUGGAUUAACAAUUGCAUGCCCAACAUACCUCAAUAUGGACUUUCCAUUCCUUCCGGGCACUCUUAUGAUCUAAAUUCACCCCCAAGUGAAAGUGCAGAUGCAGUUUUUGGCGGGAAAGUGUACCCCAUUGCACCAAUAACACCAGAUAAGUCCAGAAACAUGGAAAACAAACAGGUUUUUGAGGUACCAAAUAUAUGUAUAGAUGAACAAACAAACGAAAGGAAUAUGCUUGACACUGAAGUUGCUACCACAAGGUUUGAGAUCCAUGAGCUCCAUUCUAGCAAAGAACACCCACAGUUGAUUACAGAUUCAUCUUUUGCUGCUGUCUCCACAAAGUUGAAGGAGAAUCACAAUCCUGACAAGGAAAGCAACUGUAUUGACCUGAACAAGACACCGCAGCAAAAACAAAGGAGAAGAAAGCACAGGCCCAAAGUGGUUGCAGAAAAACCUAAAAGGACUAGAAGCCCUAGGACUCCAAAGCAAGUGACCCCAAAACCAGCUGGAUACAUGGAAAACACCACAGGGAAGAGGAAGUAUGUAAGAAGAAAUGUGCAGAACAAACACUCAACAACUCCCCCAGCAAAAGAAAAUGAAGGGAUUGACAUUCCAAAAACAUUUGAUUGUACUGGAAAGUCUUGCAGAAGGGCCUUAAAUUUUGACUUGGAUGACCAAGCACCAGAUGAGAACUUGUGCAGAUCUACUUUUAAUCCAAAUGCAGAUUUGCAAGCACAAAACUUCUGUAGAGGAUCAACACCAACAAAGUUAACAGUGAGAGUCAGUGGAGGGACAGAGGAAAUGGUUGAAACCACACACAUAGGCACUGCAUGUGACCUCAACCGUUCUGUGAAUAGCAGGCUGAAAGAUUACCUAUUGUUGCCUGGAAACCAAGUGGCAAGCAUCCCACUGCCAACAAAGACUUCCCCACAAGAAACAUUGAAGGUGGAUGCACAAAAUGAGAAUAGUGCAGCAGGAAUAGCUCAAGAAACUGUUCUUGACCAACAGGGAAAUGUUGUAUGUGAAAUUUUAGAGGGUGACAACCAGUCAGCCCCAAGAACUCCAAAUGCUUCCAACUGCACUACCAGCUCAGGCUUGACCGAGGGAAAACAAACAAGAGGGUUGAAGAGAGAAUAUUCAGAGACUAUUGACCCGCCACAACUUAGUUCGGGAAACCCCAUGGGGGCUCAGCACAAUUGUUUAGGGUUAUACCAACCAAGUUCUCAAACAAAUGACAUUAUAAGAUUUUCUAGUAUGCAUUUUCCUGAAAUCUGCAAGAAGAGGAGAACUGAGAAGGUACCAAAUUCAACCACAUCUAGCUCACUGUCAUCAGUAACUGAAGCUAAACGGUUUAUGAGACGAGCAAUUGCAUGCCAUCAAAAUGACUGCAGGACAAACCCUUCUGCUUCUGAGGACAAGCAUUCUAUGUCUGCUCCUCGGUUAAAUACUGGUGGAGUCCAAGCAUUUGGAUGUGCCCAGGACAAACUGCCAACUUUUCAGUUUACAGUAGCUCAGGGCCAACCAGACAGGUUGACAAAGAAGAGAAGCAGGGGCCAUACUCGGGUUCGUAACUUGGCUUCACUAAACAGAAUUGUGGAUUUUCAACAACCAUCAGGUUUCGCUGCCAAAUGGGCACCAACAAAUGGUUGUUCUGGCAUUGAAGCCCUAGUUGCAGAGACUCGUGCAAUAUUAGCAAAAAAGAAGCGGUCUAAAAAGAGAAGCUCUCCAGUCAAUUCAGUAUCUUCAGGAAAAAAUGAGCAACUGCAAGAGAUAAAUGUUGUAUAUGGUGACAAUGAAUUAUUUGCUAAGUUGAAUGGUUCAUUGGUAGUAGAGAAAAGCAUGCCUCCCUUUGAUGCAAUAGUGGAGCAAUUUAAACAUCUCAGUAUCAAUAGGGAAAGCAACAAAUUUGCUUAUAAAGAGCAGAAAGCACUUGUCCCUUAUUACAUGGGAAAUCAAGAGUCAAAUGCACUUGUUAUUUAUAGGAGAGACGGCACUGUUGUUCCCUUUGAGGGCACAUUUGAUCCUGUCAAGAAACGGCGGCCACGGCCUAAAGUGGACCUUGAUGAAGAGACAAAUAGAGUAUGGAAACUUCUUAUGGCAAAUAUAAAAAGUGAAGGUAUUGAUGGAACAGAUGAGCAGAAGGCAAAAUGGUGGGAAGAAGAACGCAGAGUUUUUCGUGGAAGAGCAGACUCAUUUAUUGCACGCAUGCAUCUUGUUCAGGGAGAUAGACGGUUCUCUCAGUGGAAGGGAUCUGUUGUGGACUCGGUGAUUGGAGUUUUUCUCACACAGAAUGUCUCAGACCAUCUUUCGAGUUCAGCUUUCAUGUCUCUUGCUGCACACUUUCCCCUCAAGUCGAAAAGCAACCAUGGAUCAUGCUAUGAUGGAACAGGCAUAGUUGUUGAAGAUCCAGACAUAUGCAUGGUAGGUCUAGAGGACACCAUUGACUGGAAUCAAAAGAUGUCAAAUCAACCAGCCUCUGAUCACAGUUCUGUUACGCUCUACAAUUCUGAGCCUAACGAAGAAAAAGAAGUUGUCAACAGCAGCGAGUCCUUUGGAAGCAGUUGUAGUGGUGUUGGCUCAGCAGAUGAUGUGAAGGACAAAUCAUUAGAUUCUUAUGAUGGUACUCAUGAGACCAACCAUGAAUCAAUAAUGCACUCAUCAAGCAUCCAGAUCACAGAAACGAGAAUAUCAUGUCUCCAAGAGAGAGAUACGAGGACAAUAGAUGAUGUGAUUCUGUCUCAAAAUUCUGUUGUUUCAUCUCAAAACUCUUUGGAUUCUUCACUUGCUUUAACUGCUGAAAGAAUAGGAGCAUGCUCUGAUGGCAACUCAGAAGUUGAGGAAUUGGCAACGGGGUAUAAACUAAGCAAAUUUGAUGGCUCAAAUUCUUUUUUGGAGCUCCUACAGAUGGCAGAAGCCACUGCAUCUCAAGAAGUUUACAGUCAGCCAGAUAGCAACAUGGCAUCAGGUAAAGACUCAGGAGGCGCAAAUAACCAAUCAGAAUGUUUGGAAUAUGACAAACAAAGACAAAACGUGGACAUAUUAGAUGGUUGUGAAAACUUCAUUGGAGUAUCCCCCAUCAUUUCUGGCUCACAAAUAUUAGAAGUUGGGUGUUUUGAAAACAGUUCUUUUGAUAUUUCAAAGAAAUAUGAAAAGUAUGUGAGUGAACUAAGUGGAUUAACAGCAGAGUCUGUAAGCCAAGCUACAGCUCAGAAGGAUUCGACUGUAAGUGUUCAAGAAGCAAAAACAUAUUCCCUCAAGAAUACCGACUCAUACAACAAAGUUCAAGUAGAUAGGAUUGAAAUCAAUGAAUCUCAAACCAAGCUGGCUGGAGAUGCUCAAAAUAAUAUUGAAUCGUCAGAGCACAACAACAAAUUGCAGCAAAAUCUAAUUUCACCAAAAUUUUCAAUAGAAGCAUUAGAUGGUACUGAAAGCACCAGUGCGUUACAUAACCAAAAGAAUACUGAAAAUAUGGCGGUUGAAUCAAAUUCCAAAGAGCAUAACUCUUCUGCUGGCAAAGCAUUUAAUCUAAUGAAUUUCAGUCCUACGAAGGCAAAGAAGGGAAGAUCUGGAAAGCAGCCUGCAAUUGCAUUUGACUGGGAUAGUUUAAGAAAAGAAGCACAAGCAAAUGGCAUAAAAAGAGAGAGGACAAAGAACACAAUGGACUCAUUGGACUGGGAAGCAGUAAGAACUGCUGAUGUUAAAGACAUAGCUAACACCAUCAAAGAACGGGGAAUGAAUAACAUGCUUGCAGAGAGAAUCAAGGAUUUCCUUAACCGAUUGGUUAGAGAACAUGGAAGCCUUGAUCUGGAGUGGUUACGGGAUGUUCCGCCUGACAAAGCAAAGGAGUAUCUGCUAAGCAUAAGAGGAUUGGGCUUGAAGAGUGUAGAAUGUGUGCGGCUUUUGACGCUUCACCAUCUUGCUUUUCCGGUUGACACAAAUGUUGGACGUAUAGCUGUGAGACUGGGAUGGGUGCCCCUUCAGCCACUGCCUGAGUCACUUCAGUUGCACCUUCUAGAACUGUACCCAGUGUUGGAAUCCAUUCAAAAAUAUCUCUGGCCCCGACUGUGCAAGCUUGACCAAAGAACCCUGUAUGAGCUGCACUACCAGAUGAUUACAUUUGGGAAGGUUUUCUGCACAAAGAGCAAACCAAACUGCAAUGCAUGUCCAAUGAGAGGAGAGUGCCGACAUUUUGCAAGUGCAUUUGCAAGUGCGAGGCUUGCCCUGCCAGGGCCAGAGGAGAAAAGUAUAGUUAGUGCAACUAAAAAAAGAUCAGAAGAUAAAGGUCCUGGAGGAAUCAUCAACGCAUUGCUGCUGUCUCCACCUCAAGCAAACCAGCAAACAGAAACAAAGUCAGAAAUCAGUAAUUGUGAACCUAUUAUUGAAGUACCAGCAACUCCAGAACCAGUAUGCACCCAAAAGUCGGAAAGCGACAUGGAGGAUACCUUCUAUGAGGAUCAUGAUGAAAUUCCUACGAUCAAGCUCAACAUUGAGGAGUUCACUCAGAAUUUGCAAAAUUAUAUGCAAAACAAUAUGGAACUCCAAGAGGGAGAAGUGUCAAAGGCCUUGGUUGCUUUAACUCCAGAAGUCGCUUCAAUCCCCAUGCCCAAGCUAAAGAAUGUGAGUCGGCUGCGUACUGAGCACCAAGUCUAUGAACUUCCAGAUUCACACCCUCUUCUGAAAGGGUUGGAUGAACGAGAACCAGAUGACCCAUGCUCAUACCUUCUUGCCAUAUGGACACCUGGCGAAACUGCAAAUUCUAUUCAACCACCAGAAAGAAGUUGUGACUCCCAUGAAUUUGGCAAACUGUGUAAUGAAGAAACUUGUUUCUCAUGCAACAGUAUACGAGAGUCAAAUUCCCAAACUGUCCGAGGGACACUUCUGAUACCAUGUCGAACAGCAAUGAGAGGGAGUUUUCCACUCAAUGGUACAUAUUUUCAAGUUAAUGAGGUGUUUGCUGACCAUGAUUCAAGUCUUAACCCAAUUGGCGUUCCUAGGUCUUGGUUAUGGAAUCUUCCGAGACGAACUGUGUACUUCGGAACAUCCAUACCAACUAUAUUUAAAGGUUUAUCAACAGAAGGUAUUCAACACUGCUUCUGGAGAGGUUAUGUGUGUGUGAGGGGAUUUGACCAGAGGACAAGAGCACCCCGACCUCUAAUGGCUAGACUGCACUUUCCAGCCAGCAAGCUGAACAGAAGAAAAGGGCAGAUAAAUGAGGAUUAGGUGGUGAUGCACUCACAGUACAGCAAAUCAAGAAAGUCCAAGGAACAAGGUCAAAAGGCAGCAGCAGAUCACAACACUUUUCAAGUUAUAACAUUCCAUGAGCCUGAUUCAGUUCAUGCCGUAAAAGCUAAAAGGGAUACAGCUGCAAGAUAUUAUGUGGGCUUGUAGCUUCAAACUCUUAGCAAGAUGAUAAUAAUCUACUAAUGUCUGCUCAAAAUUGAGCCAUUCUUAUGAAA